AAUGGCUGGCGUCAACUCAAAAACGAAACGAAAAGAUUGGAAUGCAGAGGACAUGGCGCAAGCUAUUACAUUAGUAAGAGAGAAACAAAUGGGUUAUUUAAGAACUGCAAAACACUUUGGUGUGCCGAGAACUACCUUGUUUCGAUUAUGCCAGAAAAACGAAUCACCGCCAGAAGAAGCCGCAGCUACUACACUUGGGAGGAAAACCGUUUUAGGGACAACCGUUGAAAAUCUUUUGGUAGACUACAUUUUGACGAUGGAGAGCAAAUUCUACGGCUUGAGGAGAAGCGAUGUUCGAAGAAUGGCGUACAUGUUGGCAAAACGUAAUCAGUUGAAAAAUCCAUUUGGUGACACGGGAUUGGCUGGAAAGAAAUGGCUUAAGCUAUUUCUUAAGCGCCAUAAGGACAAACUAUCAGUCAGAAGACCAACUGGCACAUCUUUUGCUCGAGCAUUUGGAUUCAUCAAAGAAAAAGCAGACACAUUCUUUGAUCUCCUUGAAGGCGUUUAUGUUCAAGAAAACUAUGAUCUUGCUAGGGAAAAUAAUGUAGACAUUGUGUCCUUACCUCCUCACACAACCCCCAAGCUCCAGCCACUAGAUAAGACGUUUAUGGGACCUCUCAAAACGUAUUACAGUGAAGAAAUACGAAUGUGGAUCAGAGACAAUAAUAGACCACUAAGCCCUUAUGAUAUGACGGAGCUGUUUGGUAGGGCUUAUUUAAAAGUACAAACGGGUGAGAUGGCAGCCAACGGAUUUCGGGUUACAGGACUAUGGCCAUUGAAUAAAAAUAUUUUUACCGCGGUCGACUAUCUUGCUGCGCAAGAAGAUGCAGUUAAAGAUGGUUGCACAGUAGAUGUUACACCAAUGACAUUAAGUCUCCAACCUUUAGAAGAAUCGAUGGUCAAUCUUAGAACACCUGCUGAUGGUAAGCCUUUAACUGAAGCUUCUACAUCCAGACAAGAUACAAAUAUUGAACCUGUGCCCUCAACUUCCGGAAUUUCUCACAGUAGUUUAGGAUUCGUUUCUCCAUAUGACAUCAGUCCGGUACCAAACAAGAAAAGGAAACCUUCUAAUAGAGGAAGAAAAGCAUAUGUUGCAGCAGUCAUCACAUCGUCACGUUACAGGGAGGAUCUCAUAGAAAAAAGUAAGAAGAAAGAAGAAAAACAAAAUAAAUGGGCAAAGAAUAAAAAUCAAAAACAAAACAAAAAGAAAUCAAAAGGUAAAAAGCCAAGAGAAAAGAUUAAGUCUCAGUCAGAUUCAGAUGAUGAUGAGGAGAUGAUGCUGUUUGAUACAGACAGUGAGCCCGAUGCCUUGAUAGGAAAUACAGCUCCAGACUCUGAACAUGCGGAGUGUAUUUUCUGUGGCAUGCUGUUUUCAAAUGAUACCCACGGGGAAACAUGGGUCAAGUGCCUCAUUACAAUGAGGACCUAUAAAAGAGGAACUAAACGAGCUGAUACACCAAAAGAUGUCCUAGAAAGAGCUUGUCACCUAAUAAUUUUGGACACAAAAAGUACUAAUGCAACUUCAAAAAAAUAUGACAUUCCCUAUAAGACAUUACAUCGUUAUGUGGCGACACUAAAGGAGAAAUUGGAACGUAAUCCGAACUUGACGAGAGCAGAAUUAACUUUGGACUUAGUGGGAUAUAUUAAAAAUAGAUUGACACCAUAUGAGACCCGAAAAUUAGCAUGUCAGUUCGCCAUAAAAAGUAACAAAGCUAUGCCUGAUUCUUGGAGAACAAAAUUUUUAGCUGGCGAAGAUUGGUUAGGCUCGUUUCUCAAACGUCAUCCUUCUUUAUCCAUAAGGACACCUCAAGCAACAAGCCUUUCAAGAGCUACAUCAUUCAACAAACGUAACGUCAGUAUGUUCUUCGCUAAUUUAACUGCUGUUUACCAACGUUUCAAUUUAAGCCCUGGUGAUAUCUGGAACGUUGAUGAAACAGGUUUGAAAACCGUGCAAGUACCUAAUACAGUAAUAGCUCGACGUGGUGUUAAAAAUCUAGACAAGAUGACAUCUGCUGAGAGUGGUACACUGUCCCAUUUUGAUAGAGGUGGCCCUAUAGGAUGUGAAGGUGAUGGUAAUCCGCCUGGCUGGAUGAAAGAAGAGAACUUUAUGAAGUACGCCAAACAUUUUUUGAAACAUGUUAAACCCAGUAAAGAAAAACCUGUACUUUUGUUGUUGGAUAACCAUGACUCUCACUUAUCAAUUGAAGCGUUGGGUUACUUUAAAACUAAUGCAUGUGACAACUGGCUGGCUAGUAACCCGGGAAAGACUAUCACAAUUUAUGAAAUACUGGAGCUGGUUAAAACGUCACUACCAUUGGCUGCUACAAUUGAAAAUAUUCAAUCAGGAUUCGGAGUAUCCGGGAUUUCUUCAUUGAAUGAAAACAUUUUUCCUGACUACGAGUUUAGUGGUUCUUAUGUGACAGAUAGGCCGAUGCUCACUUCCCCUGAUGGUGAUUAUCCUUCAGCAUGUGAUGUGAGCACAGUGUCUGUUCCAUCGACUUACGAUGGAUCUAACAGUUGUCUAUCGUCGAAGAGGUUCCCAUUCCUGAUCACCAUACAAUAA